AUGAAUUUACUUGCUGAGUUCUUCUCCAAGCAUGGAUAUAGAUCCUUUGAAGCAGAUAAAGUUGAUAUUAUUGCUAGUGCUCUUCAUAAAGCUUUGACAUGCAACCAAUUCCAGGUGAAUGAAACAAGUGGAACAGAUGAAAACAUAAUCGGUAACAUUCACAAUGCAACAAAGAAGAGGAAACACCAAGAUUUACACAAAGAUUUAUCUCCAGUUGUUCAGACCACACCAAGAGCUAAGGUAAGGUGA